GAUUUUGUUGGUCAGUGUGCUCUCGUCUGUCUAAAUUCUCAUUGGUCAGAUAAUCACUGCUGUUACUUUCAGAUGGAGAAACAUCAACAUCCUUCCACAAUCAGGUCAUUAUUUUUGGUGGUGGGAGGAACAGACUACCCAUGAACAUCCCCACGUUUUCACAGCUUUGUACUGGCUCAACACAAUGGAGGCUGCAAGGUCCGACUUAUUUAGAAUUUGCAAAAUGUUUGUUCUGAUUCGGCUCCAAACCAGCUGGCCCUGUGUCGAAGAAGUUGGCUGUGUGGCUGCAUUUUUUUGGACGGCCCAAAUGUCGAGUGUAAACUUUGCAGGCAGCAGUUUUUAUAUCACAAUUCAACAACCAGCAUGGCAGAUCAUCUAAAAACGGUUAAAGCACAGCUGUCCGAAAACUGCAAUGUCAUCAAAAAUGCACAGCUCCAGUAGCAUCGCUCAGGCCCGGAGGACGGUGCAGCAGCUGAGGAUAGAGGCGAGCAUCGAGAGGAUAAAGGUGUCCAAGGCUUCGUCAGACCUGAUGCGCUACUGUGGAGAGCACGCCAAGAAUGACCCGCUGCUCAUGGGCAUCCCGGCUUCAGAAAACCCUUUCAAGGACAAGAAACCUUGCACCGUUUUGUAGAGGAACACCUGAACUCUUGCUGCUUUUGAUUUUGAUUCUGAUGUUGUAAAAACGCUGAUAGUAAUGCUGUUCACAACUUGCCUUAAGGCCAGUACACCCGUUAAGUUUUUCACACGCCUGCUGCAGUUUGACAAAGAACGCAGUCCUCCUCUGUCUCCCCGUCAGAUAGCAGCGACACAAAAGAACAGGCAGAAAUCUGAAGCUGAGGCCUCGGAUCAAAGCUUUAGCUCAAACAAAGAUGACUAAAAUUUUGCACGAGGGCUCGGUGGCGACUUUUGUUUCUCUGCACUGUAAUCUGACAAGAUCCAGAACCCCACAGAGGUCGGCCUGAAAGACGCUGUGCCAUGAAUGGGAGAGAUGAUGACUCUGUAAUUAUCACAGCAUGCGUAAACAUGCUGCCUCAAUCAUCAGUCCAAUCAGAUUUAGGCUUUCACCUCUUACUUUCAUCAGGCUUGCUUGAGGAAAUGGUUGAUGUAGUUUGUGUCCUACUGAUAAUGAGCACCGAGAUAAUGACAUCCUGUCAUUCCGCGGGUAAACUGUGCCGUCCAUCACAGGAGGACAGAUGGGGAGAGUGGAGGUUCAUCACCACUGAUGCACAGCUCCUGCUUUGUACCGUCGCCAGCAGCAAGAAGUACUAGUUUUUAGAAGUGAUCGUUAAACUGUUUCUCACUUUCUCUUUGCACAGGCAGCGCAAACACAUGGGUUCAGAUUGUCCUGACAUAUCCAGCUGAACUUUUCCAGAGACAAACAGUUCAGUUCAAAUAGUGACCAGGUUUUCUUCUUUUCAGAUAUGAAGACACGGUGAUGAGAUUUGGGGAUGAUUAGAUUUUUUUUUUUUACCUUUUGUAACUUUCCUUCUGAGGUAGCUUCACUCAAGCAAUGUAGCAACUUCAAUUGAAUUCCGUGCAAAUCUUUUAAAUAUUAUAAAUGUGUCAUCUGCAA